AUGCCGCUGGUCAAGCGGGCAGUCUCGCCAGUAGACCUCAGUCGGGUAAAAAUACCACCGGAAGUGACCAAUGGGGAACUCCAAUAUGUGGCGAAUAGUUCUCUGGCAAAUCUGAUCAGGCAACUAAGCUCCAUUAGUAAGCAUGCUGAGCAUAUCUUUGGUGAAAUCUACUUGGAAGCGAUGAAGCUGGAUCAUAAAUCAAAUACUCUUGAAAAGCGGAUAGCGAACCUCACGGAAAAAGUGUCGAAACUGGAUUCAACUACGGAACAAGCUAGUCUUGGCGAACUGCAAAUGAGAAAACCCUUUAAAAGUUCCAUGUUGGUUGAUCAGCACACACUGGAUCGAAGUACCUUACCAGUCGCGUUGGCAGAAGUUUAUUCGCGAUGUGAUCCUCCUCCGAACUUGGAUGCGCUCAAUCCUUUC